AUGUCAGGCAUCAUCCCCACCGCAUCUCGUACCGCAUUCAAGCGCACCGUCGCCCGCACCACGGCUUCCCGCACUUCGCUCCGUUACACGAGCACUAUGCAUGACAACGACCCCGAGGUCCUAGAGAGAGAGAAACAGCGCAACCUGAGCAAGCAGCAACACAAGACCUCCACCCCUAUCCCAAAUGCCCCCGGCUGGAACGAGCACCUCGCCAGCGCGUCCGAGGCCAGCAUCAAGGCACAGCCGCAGGCCCAGGAUGCCGUGCCGAACGAGCCGGGCGUGUCGACGCAGACGAUGAAAAGCAACGGUGCGGGUUCGACAGAGGCUCCAUAUCCGCGCGAUGAGGUUGACGGUCCGUUGAAGAAGGCGCACGGGACCGUCGUUGAGACCGUCGAGCACAAAGAGGACAAGAUCACCAGGCAGGUCAUCUGA